AUGGCAGACACAGAACUCAAACCACAGUCAGAACCAGACCAGAAACUCUGCUGCACCGUGUGUUCCGGUGCUCUCAAGGGUGAUAACUCCGCUACCUGUGGCCACUCAGUCUGUGCCUCCUGCCUGGGGAAGAAAGGUAAGGCCUGCCUCCAGUGUCUACAAUGCUCUGACAAGCCUAAACCGGCACCUGUGGAACAGAAUGGAACGAUGAAUGGAAUAGUGGCUGAGUCUCCACCGGUGAUCAAAACCAAAGAAAAUGAGAAAAAGGACAUACAAACCCAGAAUUCAAAGACAGCAGAGGAGGCAAAGAUACAGGAAGACCUGAAGGAAUCAGAGGACCCUAAGAAACCAGAGGAGGUAAAGAUACAGGAAGAUAAAGGGAGUGACCCUCCACAGCCUGCAGAGGAAGUGAAAGAGGAUGUGGGGGUUGGGGUGAAAGAGAAAUUAAAAGAGAAAUCAAAGGAAGAGAUGAAAGUAGAGCCAUUGGGGUCCGAUGAUGUUGUGUGUGACUCAUGUAUGGAGACGAGCCCGUGCAGCGCCCUCAAGUCUUGCCUCACAUGCCUCGUGUCCUACUGCGAGGACCACCUUAGACCUCACCUGGAGAACUCCAAGUUCCAGAACCACAGGCUGGUGGAGCCGCUGAGGGACAUCGAGAGACGGACCUGUGAGACCCACAAGUGGCCCCUGGACCUGUUCUGCUGUGCCGAUGCUGUGUGUGUCUGUCAGGACUGUGUGACAGAGGACCACAGGGGACACAACACUGUCGCUGUGGUAGAGGCACGCAAAACCAUUGAGGUAUUGCACUUUCUCUCUUCUGCGUGCAUGCUUUCCCCCUCUCUCUUACUCUCUCCCUUUCUCUCUCCCUUUCUCUCUCUCAGUUUCUCUGUCUCUCACUCUCACAUUCUUUGAUACACAUGCAAACAAACAUUUGCAUAGAUUUGAUAUCUAAAGAAAACACCUUGUGCAUAGGUCCACAACAUUCUCAAAUUACAGAACACCAUAUCAAUUGUGUGGCGUUGUUAUACAUGAAAAUUGGCCACCUCAUGUUUGUAAGUAAAGAGUCACCUCUAGUCACCUCUAGCACUCCAGCCGGUGUGGAAGUGACCAGUCUGAAACAUCCCACUAUAUUUCAUUAGCCCAUACAUUUACCACAGGCUAUAGCCUACAUAGAUUUUAUUUUGUAAAAUGUUUUAUUACAUUUUUUUUACCCCCUUUUCUCCACAAUUUCAUGAUAUCUGUAGGGUAGCACCAUUGUGUAGCCAGAGGACAGCUAGUUUGAACAGUUUUAAACAAAUUAAUUUAUUCAAAAAUGAAGGAAACGCAAGAGCGAGAGAGAGAGUUAGCUAUAUUUCGUUAUUUUUUUUCACGUUCACUUUCACUUAGCUAGCGAACGCAGCUAGCUGGUUUAAUCUACAUAAACCCCUGGCUCAAACAGAGGGAUGCUAUGUUAGCUAGCUGGCUAUGGCUAUCCAACACCAGAACUCUUCCAAGUCAAGGUAAGCUUUUGGUUUUAUUAAUUAAUUGCCACCGGGGCCUGCCAGUGUAACUGCUAAACUGCUUGCUGACUCUACACUGCAUGAAUGUAACGGGUUUAUUAACGCGUUAGUUCUAGUAGCUAUGUUGACUAGAAUGACGUUAGCUAAUAUGAUGACAACAAUGUAGGCUGUGUGUAGCGGUUAGCGGUUAUGAUAUGAAGGUUUGAGUAUCAUGUACAGUAGUAGCCUAAACCUAUCGAUUUUACAGUGAGCUGGAUUAAUGGAAUAUGAAUGCCAGUUAUCCAAUAUACUGUAAUAGAAAUAAGGCCAUGCUCAUAAAAAGAAAAAAAUUGUCCUCCCUCAUCUUAAACGUCACCGACCACCACUGGUUCACAUUUACGCCGGCACACACAGUACAGACACUUUCACUCUCCUGCUUAUUUGAAAUAAACAAAACAGUGCUUCAGACGGAGUUUGACCAAAGGUCCUUCACUCCAGUUCAUAAAAGGAACAGAACAAUUCAUCGGAUGGGGCUUCACCAAAUUCCUUCACCCCCAACUCAUAUAGAAUGAGACAAAAUCUUUCAGACACUUUCACUAUCCUGCUUAUAUGAAAUUAUAUGAAAUAAAUCCGUGUUCAAGAUAGCAUGCAAAGGUCAUUGCAGGUCUCUGGAGAUCUUCACAAUUGCUGUAAUAAUCUGUGCAGAAUCUCGAACAGCAUUGAUCACCAUGUACUUUUCAUGUAAUCUCAACUCAAAUCCAGGCCAUUUCGUUCUGCUAUUAGAUGAAGCACAGUAUUAACACAUUAAUCUAAACCAAAAAUCAGACAUUGUUUUUCCAUUGGAAUUUGGUUGCGCUUUUAGAUGGUUGAAGGCAUAGUGAUAACACAUUGGAAAUUCAACCUACUUUUGGCUGUCUUUUUGAGUGAGUGAAUAUAGGUUGUAAUCUCAUUGUUCAACAUCUCAACUAAAUAUUACCCAAUUAUCCACGUUGAAAAGACGUGUUGUGCAGUGACAGAGAAAACCCGUGACCCUCAGGUUCAAUCAUUAACUCAAACAGAGAUCCAGGUUUUAGCUCACAUCUGUUAUUUGCAAAUGAGCUGUUGUUGCAAAACUUUAAAAUUAUGACUCCCAUAGCUAAACCAAGGAAUGUUUGAAAAACCCAUACGGUAUUGACAAUAGUCAUGCAACAACUCAAUUACUAUCAGCUGAAUCCUUGGUAAUUCACAUGUAGAUACAAUAAGCUCACGUGCUGAGCUAAACUCAAGGUAUGACUGAGGAGGGAAGGCUACUCUUCACCUAGAGUUCUUCUUGUGUGUUCACAAGCAAAUACCUCUUUUGAGGAACUACAUCACUCAGAAUGGAAUGUCAAAGGCGUUGUUUGAUCUAAUCUGACUGACGCAUUGUUGAACAGGCAGCUUGUCUGUGUUGAUCCAGGAUAAUCUACAACACUACAGGAUAUGCCAUUUCUCCAGACUUAUCCAAACCUCUUUGUUACUGUUUAAUGCUGGCUCAGGGAACAUCAAAACAAGAUCAUUCUGUUGACAUUCAGUUUACACACACGAUUUGGGUCUCAGUUUCCCUUCAAGGGUUCUCACUGUUGUCUCACUGAGCAUAACGGCAUUUACAUUUACAAGACACAACAUAUGAAUAGUUAUAAGUAAUGUUUUGUGAUGUGAGAUAUUUGUCUCUGUGCCAAAUUAUGAAUACAGGAUAAUAAGUAUAAUUAACAUUCACGCGUCAUCUACAAAUUGUUUAAGCCCAAACAGGUCAAACGGCUUUGUUGUUCCGCUCUGUAGAAGAAGAUAUGUGUCUUUUCAGAGCAAUGAGAGCGUGCUCAGACCAGAACAAGAAGUGAGGGAAGGACACAAGCUGUUGAGUGAGUAGCCUGGUCCCAGAUCUGUUUGUGUUGUUUUGCUCUGUCAUUGAUUAUGACCAUAGGGAAUAAGGAGUUGGCAAGACAGCACAAACAGAUCUGGGAUGAGGCUAGCUCUUAAAUGGCUGAGGAAUAUGGAAAUGCUACAGUGGCUUGCGAAAGUAUUCACCCCCCUUGGCAUUUUUCCUAUUUCGUUGCCUUACAACCUGGAAUUAAAAUUGAUUUUUUUCGGGGGGUUUGCCAUUUCAUUUACACAACAUGCCUACCACUUUGAAGAUGCAAAAUAAGAAAUAAGACAAAAAAAACAGAAAACUUGAGCAUGCAUAACUAUUCACCCCCCCAAAGUCAAUACUUUGUAGAGCCACCUUUUGCAGCAAUUACAGCUGCAAGUCUCUUGGUGUAUGUCUCUAUAAGCUUGGCACAUUCUUCAAGGCAAAACUGCUCCAGCUCCUUCAAGUUGGAUGGGUUCCGCUGGUGUAUAGCAAUCUGUAAGUCAUACCACAGAUUCUCAAUUUGAUUGAGCUCUGAGCUUUGACUAGGCCAUUCCAAGACAUUUAAAUGUUUCCCCUUAAACCACUCAAGUGUUGCUUUAGCAGUAUGCUUAGGGUCAUUGUCCUGCUGGAAGGUGAACCUCUGUCCCAGUCUCAAAUCUCUGGAAGACUGAAACAGGUUUCCCUCAAGAAUGUCCCUGUAUUUAGCGCCAUCCAUCAUUCCUUCAAUUCUGACCAGUUUCCCAGUCCCUGCCGAUGAAAAGCAUCCCCACAGCAUGAUGCUGCCACCACCAUGCUUCACUGUGGGGAUGGUGUUCUCGGGGUGAUGAGAGGUGUUGGGUUUGCGCCAGACAUAGCGUUUUCCUUGAUGGCCAAAAAGCUCAAUUUUAGUCUCAUCUGACCAGAGUACCUUCUUCCAUAUGUUUGGGGAGUCUCCCACAUGCCUUUUGGCGAACACCAAAUGUGUUUGCUUAUUUUUUUCUUUAAGCAAUGGCUUUUUUCUAGCCACUCUUUUGUAAAGCCCAGCUCUGUGGAGUGUACGGUUUAAAGUGGUCCUAUGGACAGAUACUCCAAUCUCCGCUGUGGAGCUUUACAGCUCCUUCAGGGUUAUCUUUGGUGUCUUUGUUGCCUCUCUGAUUAAUGCCCUCCUUGCCUGGUCCGUGAGUUUUGGUGGGUGGCCCUCUCUUGGCAGGUUUGUUGUGGUGCCAUAUUCUUUCCAUUUUUUUAAUAAUGGAUUUAAUGGUGCUCUGUGGGAUGUUCAAAGUUUCAGAUAUUUUUUUAUAACCCAACACUGAUCUGUACUUCUCCACAACUUUGUCCCUGACCUGUUUGGAGAGCUCCUUGGUCUUCAUGGUGCCGCUUGCUUGGUGGUGCCCCUUGCUUAGUGGUCUUGCAGACUCUGGGGCCUUUCAGAACAGGUGUAUAUAUACUGAGAUCAUGUGACAGAUCAUGUGACACUUAGAUUGCACACAGGUGGACUAUAUUUAACUAAUUAUGUGACUUCUGAAGGUAAUUAGUUACACCAGGUCUUAUUUAGGGGCUUCAUAGCAAAACGGGGUGAAUACAUAUGCACAGACCACUUUUCCAUUAUUUAUUUUUUAGAAUUUCUUGAAACAAGUUAUUUUUUUCAUUUCACUACACCAAUUCGGACUAUUUUGUGUAUAUCCAUUACAUGAAAUCCAAAUAAAAUCAAUUUAAAUUACAGGUUGUAAAUGCAACAAAAUAGGAAAAACGCUAAGGGGCAUGAAUACUUUUGCACAUUCACUGUAUGUCUGGCGCAAACCCAACACCUCUCAUCACCCCGAGAACACCAUCCCCACAGUGAAGCAUGGUGGUGGCAGCAUUAUGCUGUGGGGAUAUUUUUCAUCGGCAGGGACUGGGAAACUUGUCAGAAUUGAAGGAAUGAUGGAUGGCGCUAAAUACAGGGAGAUUUUUAAGGGAAACCUGUUUCAGUCUUCCAGAGAUUUGAGACUGGAACGAAGGUUCACCUUCCAGCAGGACAAUGACCCUAAGCAUACUGCUAAAGCAACACUUGAGUGGUUUAAGGGGAAACAUUUAAAUGUCUUGGAAUGGCCUAGUCAAAGCUCAGAGCUCAAUCAAAUUGAGAAUCUGUGGUAUGACUUACAGAUUGCUAUACACCAGCGGAACCCAUCCAACUUGAAGGAGCUGGAGCAGUUUUGCCUUGAAGAAUGGGCAAAAAUCCCAGUGGCUAGAUGUGCCAAGCUUAUAGAGACAUACCCCAGGAGACUUGCAGCUGUAAUUGCUGCAAAAGGUGUUGUUUUGUCUUAUUUCUUGUUUGUUUCACAAUAAAAAAUAUGUUGCAUCUUCAAAGUGGUAGGCAUGUUGUGUAAAUCAAAUGAUACAAAUCCCAAAAAAAUCUAUUUUAAUUCCAGGUUGUAAGACAACAACAUAGGAAAAAUGCCAAGGGGGGUGAAUACUAACGCAAGCCACUGUAUGCAUUGUUACUUGUAUCAUUAUUGUUGUAGUCCUUCAACCAAUUAUUUUAUGCAACGGGCUUAACCCAGAAGCCAGCCACACCAAUGUGUCGGAGGAAACACUGUUCAAUUGACGACCGAAGUCAGCCUGCAGGCGCCCCGGCCCGACACAAGAAGUCACUAGAGCGCGAUGAGCCAAGUAAAGCCCCACCUAACCCAGAUGACGCUGGGCCAAUUGCGCCGCCCUAUGGGACUCCCGGUCACGGCCGGUUAUGACACAGCCACAACACUGCGAUGCAGUGCCUUAGACCGCUGCGCCACUUGGGAGGCCCCUGCAACCAAUUCUAACAGUAAACCAAUAGCAUAUAUAACCCAUUGGAGAUAUACCCUUCAGUCUCUCCAGGAUUUAGGACUUUCUUUUCUGAACUUAAUCCGCGGACAGGGUUUAGCAGCUUUCACAGGUCUCUGUAUCUGAGGUUAGGAAACAUAGAAAUUAGACCAAGACUUGCUUCAUUAUUUUCAAGUGAUAUAACAUUUAAUAUUUCAUUGCAAUUGUGUUUUUGUAUUGUCACUGUUCUCUCUUUAUGACUGGACAUCUGUUCAUUAGCUAGCUGGCUUAGCUACUAGCAAGGUAUCUAACAUACAUUUUAGUUGUUUUUAGCAGAUCAAGCUAAUUUUUGUGUCAUUAAAAAAACGAAUAUCCUAUUUAUAUGUAGCUAGCUAGCUGACGUUACCUAGAAUAGAUGGUUCACUUGAUAAACAACUUACCCGUGUGCUACACAUCAUCCUGGCACCGCCCACCUCCUGCUCCUAGCGUUACAAUCCAUGCUGGCAAUGCAGCCCGCUGCAAUGGAACGGCAACAAACAUGUGGUUUCCAUUUGUUUGAUGUGUUUGAUACCGUUCCAUUUAUUCCAUUCCAGCCACUACAAUGAGCCCAUCCUCCCAUAGCUCUUCCCACCAGCCUCCUCUGGUACAGAUAUAAAUUCUAGCAUGAGUAGCAGUUGCAACUCAAGAGUCACUCGGACCUUCCUAAGGAAUUCAGGCCCUAGCUAUACUGAAACACAAUGAAUCAAACUGUAGUGAAUCAGAUCCCUUCCCUGAAAACCACAAUAGAAUAACAUAGAAAUCAGAUCAUAUCUGACAAUAGAGAAACAGACAGGAAAACGCACUGUUCCUGUGACUAAGCUGUAUUGUAAACGUUUAGAUAAAUUGGUCAAAUAAAUGAGUUGAACAGAAUUGUUCAAAUAAGGCAUAGCUUCAGCAUGACAACAAUUUGACUAUAAUGUGUGCAGUCAUUGAAUUUUCCUCUCCUUCUUCCUGUCUUUCUUCCUGACAGAGGGAACUACAAGAUAAGCAAACGGAGAUGGAGAAGACAGUGACAGCAGCAGAGAAAGCCAUCAACAAACUCCAAGUCAACACUGUCUCCAUUGAGGUACAGUAGGCUGCAGUGCCCUUCUUGUUACAUGUUUAAAGGAUGAUGUCAAAGGCUGAUAGCUCUGUGACUGCUGAAGUGCUGAGUAGCAUCACUUCAGCCGAGUGACAAAACAGAGGAAUGUCAAAACAUUUUACAAGCAGUAAAAAAAAUAUUGAUGAAAGAGCUAGAACCACCCACCCCAACUUGACAGGUUUACCCAGGUGUGGUAAAAGGAAUUCAUUUGUUUGGGGUUUGGCGCCAUGCCGUGUAGCAUUCCUUGGCCCCAGAGAUUGAUUGUGUAAGCAGACAGUCAAUACCUGAAGCACAGACACCUUUAUGGGACGAUGCGGACUCUGAGGAAACACACAUGCCAGCACUCUACACACACGUAUGCAUGGUGGUGUUAUAAAUGUUGUAUUGUAGAUAUGUAGUGGUGUAAUAAUAUUAUAUGUACUGUUUUAUUUUAUUUUAGCCUUAAUUAGUUUGGACCCCAGGAAAAUAUAAUUACAAGAACGGACAAAGCCACUUCAAUCAGACCACUGUCUGUCUGUCUGUCUGUCUGUCUGUCUGUCUGUCUGUCUGUCUGUCUGUCUGUCUGUCUGUCUGUCUGUCUGUCUGUCUGUCUGUCUGUCUGUCUGUCUGUCUGUCUGUCUGUCUGUCUGUCUGUCUGUCUGUCUGUCACCUCAGCCCCUAUAUCUGAAUAUACUGUACCUAGUGUGUACACAGUUAUGAAACUGUCCUGAAAACAUCUCUGGCAUCUCCCAUAUCUCCCCCAUCCCCAUAUCUCCCCCAUCUCCCCCAUCCCCAUAUCUCCCCCAUCCCCAUAUCCCCAUAUCUCCCCCAUUCCCCUAUGCCCAUAUCUCCCUAUGCAGAAUUCAGUGACAGAGGUCCGUGAGGUGAUCGAGAACCAGUUUACGAAGCUCCAGGCUGCGGUGGAGCGGGCCAAGAGAGAGGUAAUCCUAUUUAUUGAUGAAGUGAAAUGCCUAGCUGUUGUAUAUUUAGGCUGAUCUAUUCUUUUUACCUGCUUUAAAAAAAAAAUACAUAUUGUAUGAUAUCACAUUUGAUGUAUGUUUUAUGCACUGUAUGUUUUUUGUUAUGUUUAUUUCUGCACAACCUGCAUAUAAACCAAGAUUUUCAAAUAAACUUUAAACCUGGACCUAAAGGUGACGGAGAUCCUGGAGGGAGAGGAGAAGCAGGCUUUGAGACAGGCCGAGGGGAUCAAGGUACACCUGGAGCAGAGGUGCACUGAGCUGAAGAAGACACAGUCUCAGGUGGAGAAGCUCUACAAGAAAAAGAAUGACGUGGACUUCUUACAGGUAAGUUCUUACUUGGUCUGGUGGUUUUAUGAUGGAUUGAGACUGAGAUGGAGGCGGUGUCAAGUCAGUCGUUUUAUUCACUGACCUAAGGUGGUUCUCAUGGUGGUUGGUUUUGAAGUAGUUUCGGCACAUACAGUAGCCUAACUUAACAGGUACAACAUCUAUUUGGUGGUUAACCAUGGACUCUGAUAAAGGUUGUUGUGCCACUCAUUAGGGUUAUUCACUGACCUAAGGUGGUUCUCAUCAACCUUGACACAAGCCACAGUGCUGCUAUCAUACGUAUUCACUUUAAUCAUGAAACAUGACUGAGGUGGACUCUCCUAUAGGUAAGAUGGUUUUCUCUGGUCUGGUGGAUUCGGUGUUGGUUGUGUUGUGGUGUCGGACAUUGCCAAGUGACUCAAUAGUGUUAUUAACAAACCUGAGCUGCGUAUGUGCUGCUCUCUUCACUGAAACAUGAUUAAAGUAGAAACCAGUCGAGGCUGGUGGGAGGAGCUAUAGGAAGAGGGGCUCCUUGUAAUGGUAACAAACACAUCAAACAUAUGGAAACCACGUUUGACUCCAUUCCUUUUAUUCCAUUCCAGCCAUUACAGAGAGCCUGUCCUCCUAUAGCUCCUCCCACCAGCCUCCACAGGUAGAAACUAACCUAAUGUUUUACCCGAGCCAUGUUUUAUCAUUAGUAUUCACUCAGGUUGCCAUUAACAAUAAGUAAGUAAGCCUUGGACAAGUAAGCCUUGUCCGAGCCAGAACAGCCCAUAGGGGCAGGCACCUAUCACCUGUUUCUGUAGUGUGAGGCAGCUUGAUGUACAAGUACACCCCCUGGACAGGACGCCAUUAACGAUACUUCAUCAGUCAUUUCCAACUGGGUAGAAAAUAGUGAACGGGGAUGUGUUGUGUGUUUUACAGGAGUACUCCGAGUGGAAGAAGGACAGCUCCGACUUCACCCUACCUGGGGUCUACAUCGGCCUCAUGGACCAGCUCAACUCCUUCAGCAGAGAGAUUGUUACCUCCACACAGGAGCUGUGUGAGAUGCUGCUGUCCAACUACAUAGAGACACUCAAAGCGACCUGCAAACAUGGUGAGUGCAGUCACCAUCUGGUUGGCAGAGGCAAACUGCCAUAGUGGCUGGCGGCAAGCCUCUGCCAGUCUCACACGAUUGUGGUAAAAAGACAGAUUACAUUUGAGUCAUUUAGCAGACGCUCUUAUCCAGAGCGACUUACAGUUAGUGAGUGCAUACAUUAUUUUUUAUACUGGCCCCCCAUGGGAAUCGAACACACAACCCUGGCGUUGCAAACGCCAUGCUCUAACAACUGAGCUACAUCCCUGCCGGCCAUUCCCUCCCCUACCCUGGACGACGCUGGGCCAAUUGUGCGCCGUCCCAUGGGUUUCCCGGUCGCGGCCGGCUACGACAGAGCCUGGAUUCGAACCAGGAUCUCUAGUGGCACAGCUAGCACUGCGAUGCAGUGACUUAGACCACUGCGCCACUCGGGAGGCUAUGCUUGCGGUUGCGGUUCAGGCAUCCCUCACGCUGGUCACAGAGAAACAUAGAAAGUAGAGAGGAAGUGAUGGUGUGUUAGGAGGAAGAACAACACCUGAGCUUUGUUCCCCAGAUACAAAGAGAAUCUAUGGACUCCCUACCUGGGUGUGUUUAAACUUGUCUACAGACCUGAGGUAUCCUUCAGACAGUUUUCAUAUGUGUAGAGCCCUUGUUACAACUGGUAGACUGAAGUAGACUGGUAGACUGGAGUAGACUGGUAGACUGGAGUAGACUGGUAGACUGGUAGACUGGAGUAGACUGGUAGACUGGUAGACUGGAGUAGACUGGUAGACUGGAGUAGACUGGUAGACUGGAGUAGACUGGUAGACUGGAGUAGACUGGUAGACUGGUAGACUGGAGUAGACUGGAGUAGACUGGAGUAGACUGGAGUAGACUGGAGUAGACUGGUAGACUGGUAGACUGGAGUAGACUGGAGUAGACUGGUAGACUGGAGUAGACUGGUAGACUGGAGUAGACUGGUAGACUGGAGUAGACUGGUAGACUGGUAGACUGGUAAGACUGAGUAGACUGGUAGACUGGAGUAGACUGGUAGACUGGAGUAGACUGGUAGACUGGUAGCUGGAGAAACUGGUCACUGGUAGACUGGAGUAGACUGGUAGACUGGAGUAGACUGGUAGACUGGUAGACUGGAGUAGACUGGUAGACUGGAGUAGACUGGUAGACUGGAGUAGACUGGUAGAUGGAGACUGGAAGUAGACUGGUAGACUGGUAGACUGGAGAAAGAACUGGUAGACUGGAGUAGACUGGUAGACUGGUAGACUGGAGUAGACUGGUAGACUGGAGUAGACUGGUAGACUGGAGUAGACUGGAGUAGACUGGUAGACUGGAGUAGACUGGUAGACUGGAGUAGACGGAGACUGGAGUAGACUGGUAGACUGGUAACUGGAGUAGACUGGUAGACUGGUAGACUGGAGUAGACUGGUAGACUGGUUAGACUGGAGUAGACUGGUAGACUGAGUAGACGGUAGACUGGAGUAGACUGGUAGACUGGAGUAGACUGGAGUAGACUGGUAGACUGGAGUAGACUGGUAGACUGGAGUAGACUGGUAGACUGGUAGACUGGAGUAGACUGGUAGACUGGAGUAGACUGGUAGACUGGUAGACUGGAGUAGACUGGUAGACUGGAGUAGACUGGUAGAACUGGAGUAGACUGGUAGACUGGAGUAGACUGGUAGACUGGUAGACUGGAGUAGACUGGUAGACUGGAGUAGACUGGUAGACUGGAGUAGACUGGGUAGACUGGAGUAGACUGGAGUAGACUGGUAGACUGGAGUAGACUGGUAGACUGGAGUAGACUGGUAGACUGGAGUAGACUGGAGUAGACUGGAGUAGACUGGUAGACUGGAGUAGACUGGAGUAGACUGGAGUAGACUGGUAGACUGGAGUAGACUGGUAGACUGGAGUAGACUGGUAGACUGGAGUAGACUGGAGUAGACUGGAGUAGACUGGAGUAGACUGGUAGACUCAGAGAGAUAAAAAUAGUUAAGAGCCUCUAAUCUAGGGCUGUCCUUCGCUAGAGGGAAACCCAGCUGUGAGCAGGGUGAGUCACCAGUUUGAGUGUCAUGGGGGAUGUCGUCAUUGUAAUACUAUGUAGCAAUGUGUUCUUUCUUUCUUCAAAAAAUAAAUGGCUACAAUCAAAUUAAAACUUCAUGCUUGUGAGUUAAAAAAGUGAAGUAGGCUAAUGUGAUUAUUUAUGACCAUAAAACAUGUUAUAUUUCUCUCUCUCUACUCUUCAGUAGAGUUAUAUUAGAUAGAGAGAGAAACAUAGAAAUAAGAGAGGAAGUGAUGGUGUGUUAGGAGAAAGAACAACACCUGACCUUUGUUCCCCAGAUACAAAGAGAAUCUAUGGACUCCCUACCUGGGUGUGUUUAAACUUGUCUACAGACCUGAGGUAUCCUUCAGACAGUUUUCAUAUGUGUAGAGCCCUUGUUACAACUGGUAGACUGAAGUAGACUGGUAGACUGGAGUAGACUGGUAGACUGGAGUAGACUGGUAGACUGGAGUAGACUGGUAGACUGGAGUAGACUGGUAGACUGGUAGACUGGAGUAGACUGGUAGACUGGUAGACUGGAGUAGACUGGUAGACUGGUAGACUGGAGUAGACUGGUAGACUGGAGUAGACUGGUAGACUGGUAGACUGGAGUAGACUGGAGUAGACUGGUAGACUGGUAGACUGGAGUAGACUGGUAGACUGAAGUAGACUGGUAGACUGGAGUAGACUGGUAGACUGGUAGACUGGAGUAGACUGGAGUAGACUGGAGUAGACUGGUAGACUGGAGUAGACUGGUAGACUGGUAGACUGGUAGACUGGAGUAGACUGGUAGACUGGAGUAGACUGGUAGACUGGUAGACUGGAGUAGACUGGUAGACUGGAGUAGACUGGUAGACUGGAAGACUGGUAGACUGGAGUAGACUGGUAGACUGGAGUAGACUGGUAGACUGGAGUAGACUGGUAGACUGGAGUAGACUGGUAGACUGGAGUAGACUGGUAGAUGAGUAGACUGGGGGUAGACUGGAGUAGACUGGUAGACUGAAGUAGACUGGUAGACUGGAGUAGACUGGUAGACUGGAGUAGACUGGUAGACUGGUAGACUGGAGUAGACUGGUAGACUGAAGUAGACUGGUAGACUGGAGUAGACUGGUAGACUGGAGUAGACUGGUAGACUGGUAGACUGGAGUAGACUGGUAGACUGGAGUAGACUGGUAGACUGGAGUAGACUGGUAGACUGGUAGACUGGUAGACUGGAGUAGACUGGUAGACUGGAGUAGACUGGUAGACUGGAGUAGACUGGUAGACUGGAGUAGACUGGUAGACUGGUAGACUGGAGUAGACUGGUAGACUGGUAGACUGGAGUAGACUGGUAGACUGGAGUAGACUGGUAGACUGGAGUAGACUGGAGUAGACUGGUAGACUGGUAGACUGCAGUAGACUGGAGUCAGAGAGAUAAAAAUAGUUAAGAGCCUCUAAUCUAGGGCUGUCCUUCGCUAGAGGGAAACCCAGCUGUGAGCAGUGUGAGUCACCAGUUUGAGUGUCAUGGGGGAUGUUGUCAUUGUAAUACUAUGUAGCAAUGUGUUCUUUCUUUCUUCAAAAAAUAAAUGGCUACAAUCAAAUUAAAACUUCAUGCUUGUGAGUUAAAAAAGUGAAGUAGGCUAAUGUGAUUAUUUAUGACCAUAAAACAUGUUCCAUUUCUCUCUCUCUCUCUACUCUUCAGACAUGAUGGGGAUUAAAACGACAGUCCAUGAAAUAAUUGCAGCCAAACAGAACAUGGAUGUUCCAGACCCAAAGACGCGGGAUGACUUUCUAAAAUGUGAGUGUCUUCUAUCGUAUUGAGGUCAUCCAUACAGAAACAAAACAAUGCUUCAAAUCACUUGAAUAUAUCACGGUAGUACUUCAAGGUUAUCAUAAUAUUCUGUAGAAAAUCCUUGUAUAGCGUAAUUGUUGUUUUUGAAUCUGUAAAGUUGGCCUUGCCUAAGCUGUUGAUUCUGCUCUGCUUUUCUCAUGUUCUGUUAUGUUGUUCUCUCUCACGCUGUGCAGAUGCCAAUCCCGUGAGUUUUGACGCAGACACGGCCCAUAAGUUCCUGCGUCUGACUGAAGAAAACAGGAAGGUGACCAACACCACACCCUGGCAACACCCGUACCCCGAUGUCCCUGAACGCUUUGAGAACUGGCGCCAGGUACUGGCCACAGAGAGCUUCUAUGUCGGCCGACACUACUUCGAGGUGGACGUGAGCGGUGAGGGCACGCAUGUUGGACUCACCUACAAGAGCAUCGACCGCAAGGGUUCGGAAAGUAACAGCUGCAUCACCGGCAAUGACUUCUCAUGGUGCCUCCAAUGGAACGGACGUACCUUCUCUGCCUGGCACGGUGAUGUGGAGACACCUCUGGGACUGGACAAGUUCACACGUAUUGGGGUCUACGUGGACUACAGCCGUGGCUUACUGGCUUUCUAUGGGGUGGAUGACGCCGUCGGCAUGACCCUCAUCCACAAAUACAAGGCUGCGUUUCUGGAGCCCCUCUACCCAGCCUUCUGGCUGUCGAAGAAGGAGAAUGUGGUACUGCUUGUUGGACCUGGAGAGCCAUUGCCACUGAAAAGCUCCUCUCCCUCUAAAACACCUCCAAACACUGAUGUAGCACCCCUCAGCCGUUUCACAGUAACUCCUGUUGUUGAACAGUGAUCAAUUUGUCGGUGGUCAGUUUUCUCUGUCAAGCCUGAGAAGAUUUAGAAUGCAAGAAGCAAUGGAAAAAUAAACAUAAAUCCUCAUAAGGUGACAAGAAACCUCACUAGAUCUGGAAAUUACUUUUCUAAAUGAAAGUUGAAUAUUUGUUAUAUAUUUCCAGAGAGUAUAUUAGUUGUUCUUACUCUUGUUGUAUGAAUAAUCUUGGCACAAUGUCAAUGGUUAGGUUACCUCUAAUGUGAUGGCUCACUUUCUAUUUAUAUUAUUGUUAAAAUCUGACGCAAAAUAGUUUUGACACUGUGACUAAUCGAAUGGUGGACUUCUUUGGUAAACUUUGCGACUGCUGCACUGUGACUUUGAAAUGUAAUGUAUUUGAGAGAUACCAC